GGAGAGAGAGGAGGAGAGAAUGUAUGGUGAAAGGCUAGCGCUUCCUUGCUUGUAUCCAGGGCCUUUGUGAAUAAACCAUGGGAUGUAUCGGCUCCCGAACCCUCACAGCAGAUGGAGUUCCCGUGCAGAAGGAUGGGGAACAGCUUUCAAGCUGAUUCCAUUAUCAGACACGGGGUUUGCUACAUGAAGACAGAAAAUAUGAAAUUCAAAAGGUCUCGUCAUGACAUGGCCGAACAGACUUUUCAUGGGAUGGAAUCAAUUUGUCCAUGGAGGACACAACUUCAAUCCUCCCUCGGCUGAAGAAGCGGAACUCCAACGCCUAUGGAAUCGGCGCUCUGGCUAAGUCCUCUCUGACAGGUGUGUCAGGAGUGUCUCGCUCCAUGAAGGACAAGGUGACAAAGCCAACAGCGAUGGCCCAGGGGCGUGUGGCUCACAUGAUUGAGUGGCAGAGCUGGGGCAUGCAGACGGUGGGCGCAGGGGGUACAGGAACGGGACGCACCUCCAGUCUGCACCUCCAACAAGAGCGCAAGCUGGAGAAUGACGCAUACAGCGACCUCAGUGACGGAGAGAAGGAGGCUCGCUUCGCUGCAGGUGUGCUUCAGCAGUUUGCAAUCUCUGAGGCGACGUUGCUGGCCUGGAGCUCUAUGGAUGGGGAAAGCACAAGCGUCGGAUCUAAUCAAGGGAGUGUAGCCCACCUGAGUGAGGCCAACCAGGAAAGCAUCACCAGCCGAGACCAGAUAAUGCACCAUUCCUCUGCAGAGGUUUGGCCCCACAACUACGUCUCCCAGGGUCUUUACUGCCUUUCUUCCUCUGAUGCUUGGGAGCCAAUUAGUAAUGAACAGUCAGGUGUCGCCUCUCCUGCCACUGGUUCAUAUGUCAUGGCAGUCGGGACUGAGGGUGGAUACGACCCAAAUACAGCUGCUCACUACCUGUCCCAACAGCAACAGCAACAGCAGCAGUAUCAGAACCAGUUACAUCAGUUCCAGCAACUGCAGCAGAUGCAGCAAUACCAGCAGCAACAGCUCCUGCAGUAUCAACAGCAACAGAUGUUGGAGCAAAGACUACACAGUGCCACUCAUUCUUUACAAGCUACUCCCAACAGCACCGUCCACAGCCUGCCUCCUCGUACUCACCCCCCAUUAGUGGAUCUGUGGGGGGCAGCACAGACAGAGACCUAUCAGGCAGACUUGGUGGGCUACAUGGGCAUGCCUGUAGCAGUAGAUGGAAAUCUAACAGUCCCCACAGAGGAGGUGACGACAGAUCACUCACCUUUACUGGAAGCCCAGGAGGAGGAAGAGAUCAAAGAGGAAGACAUAACGUUAUGUAUGGAACCAGAACAAGUGACAUUAAUUCCAUCUCCAGUGACGCAGAGAGAGGAAGUGACCUCAAUGGGAGGAAGCAGUCCAGGUCAAGCCCCUGGAGAAUUUAUCACAGAGCGGAAGGCGUCUGAUGUCUCACCGUCUGUAAUUGAAGAGCUUGAAGAAAAGGAGGAGGAGUCAGAAUCCUCAACUGUAGACAUCAAGGCACCCAAUUAAGUGGCCGGCGAGAGACUUGAGCUGGUUUUGACAGACAUUUCAAUCAGCAUAAUCAAACAAUAACAACUCCUAUUUCAGGAAUCAAACACUAUUGUGAUGGAAUUCAAGUGACUGCUCGAACCCAAAGUGGAAAAGCAGAACUGAAAGUUACUGCACUGCGUACGUGAACACUAUGAUUUUUUUGUUUGUUUGUUUUCUUUUUGUUUUUUGUAAGCCUUAUAUUAUGGAUGUCUGAAAAAGGAAGGCACAGAAUGAAGUUGGGAAGUCCUUGGGACUGAGAAAGGAGAGAAUGAGGAAAACAAGUUUGGAACGGAGCGAUAGAGAUGGAGGUAUAUGUAAUUCAGGAAGAUGAAUAUGAAGAACAUUCGGUUAAAUAUGUGCAUGCUUUUACAAGGAGUGAUGGCACUCGUUAUUCAAAAUAAAGACAAUAAACUAUAGUUAAUAAACCAUAAUGAUGCUAAUAAUACCAUUAUUUUCUAAGAAAACCACAAAAGAACUAAACAUAUAAUUGUAAAAUAGGCAGUAACACAAGCUUUUUCAUGCCCUUCAUGCCCUCAAGAACUUCAGUUCCCACACAGACACUUACCAUUAGCUAUCAAAAACACUCAAGUGUGCUUUGACAACAAAUUCUCUCUUUUCCUCUUCAACUAAAUUUGGCCUAUUUUGAAAGUGUUCGGUUUAUGAUGGUAUUAGGAGGAGCACAAGAUCAGUGUUUCUGUGCUGUGAAAUGUGGAAGUCCAUCAAUUGAAACAAGCCACAGCACAAUCCACACAAUUCUGCUGUUUAUAUUAUAAGGUAUUCAAGCCCUCAUAGACUCAAAUACACAUACAGACAAGUGCAUAGAGUUCAAAAGUUUGGGGUCGGUAAUAUUUUUUUGUUUUUGUUUUUGAAAGAACCCUCUUUUAGUCACCAAGGCUGCAUUUAUUUGAUAAAAAAAAAUACAAUAAAAACAGUAAUAUUGUGGAAUAUUAUAACAAUUUAAAUAACCUUUUUCUAUUUUUAUAUAUUUUAAAAUGUAAUUUAUUCCUGUGAUGGGAAAAGUUGAAUUUUCAGCAUCAGUACUCCAGUCUUCAGUGUCACAUGAUCCUUCAGAAAUCAUUCUAGCUGAUUUGUCUGCUAAACUGUUGAAAAGAGACAAUAUUUUUGUGGAAACGGUAAUAGAUUUUUUUUUUUUUUUUUUCAGGAUUCUUUGAUGAAUAUCAAGUUAAAAACAGCAUUUGUUUGAAAUAGAAAUCUCAUUUACAGUCACUUUUUUCAAUUUAUUUACUUUAAAUUGAACAAAGAACAUGAUAUAUUGUAGUAGCUUAUACAAUAGAAGGAACUAUAGACACAUACAAGAGAAGAAAAGAAAAAGAAAGUCGGCAAAAUGCAUAAAUAUAGUAAUGUGUUACAUAGAUGAAUUUAAGACUAUUUAGUGUAAUAUAAUAGUGAUUAUUAUUAUUUACAUUUUUCUGGUACAUUUAUUACUGGUUAUGUUAUGGAGAGAAAAAAAAUGGAUAUAGAUAUAAAAAAAAAUCUUACUGACCCCAAACUUUUGAACGGUAGUAUAUAUACACAACUAUACUUGUGCUGUACGAAGGCCAAAAUGCAGUAACUACACCAACACUUGAACCGAGAAAAAUGAAAUUGACAGAUUGAUUUGAUUUUCAAUUUUAAUACUGUUUUGCCUUUGUAUGGCGGCAGACUAUCCUAUUGUUCUUAAGCUAAUUAUAAUUAUUAAAUCAUAUCCCAACCCCAUUUUGAUUCAAGUAGUACGAACUGUCACAAGUUGGUUUUUAGGAGAUUUUACUAUAUGUUAUGAAGAUUAAUGUUUUGCCUUCACAAGUGUAAUGAAACAAGCUUUUUCAUCCGCGUACAUACACACAGAUAUAUUUCAUACUGGAUUGUAACAUAGCGUGCUUCCUUCUCUGUGUGUCGUUAGGCAUGCAUGAUGUCUGUCGUUGUACUCUGGAGUCCUAUACAACACUGUAUAGAUAUUUGCACUGGACCUCAGUACUCUGAGCUGAGCCUGAGACUUACUCUGUGAGCUCUGUGAAUUUAACGAUUUGAUUUGCGUUUGAAAAACCUUUUUGCACUUGCAUUGGUUGUUGGGUGAAGGACAGAUGCCUUUUUAGAUUGGAAACUAAUUGUUUUAUGAGAAACAAAGUCACACUUUCCAUUGUAUUUGCAGAAUCCUGAUACCAAAUUUCUCAUUUUCUUUUACUCACAUGGAUUUUUUUUUUCUUUGGUAUAGUCAAACCUUGGCUUUAGGAUGGUUUUGAAUUAUCUAAAGGUGCAAUAUGUAAGUUUUUUGCAGUAAAAUAUCCAAAAACCACUAGGCCAGUGUUAUAUAUUUUGUUCACUUGAGUACUUACAAUAUCCCAAACGUUUCCAACUAUUUGUAAAUCGUGAGAAAAUUGCAAUUUUAACCAAGGCUCCCAGACAUGUGAGGAGUCGCCUGUCAAUUGCGUCAUACCCGCGUUACCCUCGGUUUCCGGUUUUAUUUUGUAGAAACCAUGGAAACACCAAAGACGCUUUAAUAUAUUACAUGUUUUAAUAGACAAGAGAACAACUGUUUGGUUAUGUUUAUAGACAGAAAACUAAUUAUUGUUAUAUAGCUCAACACGUUUAGUCUUAUUGUUUAAAUCUAAUUUUCUUGAUUUUUUUGCGAGUAUCAUGCUUUACCAUACCUCAGAGAAAAACACUUUUUUGUCAAAUAGCUAACAUAGCAUAAUCAGAUGCAGCUUUAUUUUUAGUAACAGUAAUACCGCAUUUUCUCCAUCAUACAAUACGUUUUAAAAUUAAUUGCAUGCCAUUUAUCAACACAAGCCACCCAGCAUUUAAUAUGAUAUUCUAAAAUCGAUCUAUCUUACUGCAGCGUGUCUCAAACAAGUGUCUCACAGCAGCCGCCAAGUGAACGCACAGAGUAACGUUAUAACAACAUUUUCAACACGCUCAAAUGUAUCUAAUAUGAUAAACAGAGCUGCGUUACCUCAUACUCAUGACCGGAAAAGCGGAAGCAGCGCCGGCGACUGUGGCAUAAUAAAAGUUCUGCUGCUUGUGAGGCAUGUGUUGCGCAAUCGCUCCAGCGGCCGCGUUCAGCUCCCACAACACUCGGUCCUGCUCUGCUUCAUACUACAGUAACAUUAAUAAUCACGCCCAUGAAUAUGAUUUCUGCCCAAGUCCUAUCCCGAUUGUUUCCACCGGCUGUGAUGUGAAGACCACAUGUCCCAAGAUUCCGCGCUCAAACUUGCCGUCAUCAAGCUACGCCUUUGUUUUGAAUAGGCCUCUAGCGACCUCUAGCGGACAUAAAUCCUACAUAUUGCACCUUUAAAUGAACGUAAAUCAAAUUAUUUGUUAACCUUAGCUUGUUUUCAUAACAAAUGACACUGAGAUUAGAAAUAUGGAUAGGUAAUGCCUCAUAACCUCAAAAUAAUAAUUAGAAAAACACUACAGUCAAGGUUUUCCAGAACAGUCCUGCUGGCGACUCAUACGCGUAUUUUUUUUUUUUUUUGAUAAGUUCUUGAUGAUUAUUUUCUUUAUAAUAAAGCAUGUCAUAAUUUCUUAUUUAAAAUAUGUAUUCCAUUGCCUACAAUUCUUUUCACUAUAUAUCAAGGGGAGAAUAGAACAGGACCUGGAUCCACAUACUGUAAAUAUCCUUUAUCAAGAUAUCAAGGAAAAUUGUCUCCGCAGAAUGAGAAUGGAAAUGGACGUUGAUCCGAGUUGAAAGUGACUUUAUGAACAACUCAGGCCAUUUGGAAUUUUGAACUGCACAGGCGUCUUCCUGUUUGUCAUGGUCACUGAUUAUUACAGUCACUAUGACGCUACAAACUUUGUGUUGACUGUGUGUUUGUAUGUAAACGGACGUGAAGCAUAUGCAUCCCAAAGUCGGAGCAGUCCGGUUUCAGAAACAGAAGCUCAUUCUGCAUUGUGAUGUCAUGCAUGAUUCACCAAGGAUUAAAAAAAAAAAAAAAAAAAAAAAAGACAACUAAGUCUACUGGUUAUUAUGACCGUUUCUUUGAAGGAUGCGGUACACCUUUGAUGAUUGUGUGUAAUACAAACUUGGUGGCGAGAAUAGCGUUAAUAGCUAUAUGAAGUGUAUUGACUUGAAUGAAUUUAUUUAUUGACUGAUUAUUUAUGCAAUGUUGGGACAAUGUUUAUUUUUCUACAGAAUUGUGUGCGCUCCCUCCUGUAUAUGUUGGGGUACAUAUUAUUUCAUUGCUGGGCUCUAGAGGAAGAUCUGACCGAUUUUUGUGUACAGUAUAAAAAAUUUCUUAAACAUCUCAUUGUAUGUCAUAAGGUUAAUGUUUUUUUGUUAUAUAACAUCACACAGUCAUUACGUGUCGGAGUCCAAGCAUAAAACAGCAGCAUAACUGCUGAAUUUUUAUUCAGUGUCAUAAGUUCUUAUAUUACGUGAAACAUACAGAACUCCAAAAGUUGCUCACAUGAAAUAAUAUGUGCCCAUUUAUUUAUUUAAGAAUUACAUAGGGGAGGGAUUUAACUUUGAAGCCUGUAUGAUAUCUAUUUGUUAUUUUGAGAUAAAUGCACCUUUUGUUGUAAUGGUAUCACUCUGGUUUGGUGAGAAUAUGUCAUACAUAUUUUUUUUGUGACUCAUGAAGCAAAAUGAUAGUCACACCUAAACGUUUCCAUCUCUCACAGUUGUUUGCUAGUAUACGGUUCCAAAUUGAGGACGAUUCUUUUCCACGAACUGGUUAUUUAGGACAGUUCAGUUCAAUGAACCGAUUAAAAAAUUGUUUGUUUACACAAUAUAUCAAAUAUCCAUGUGUAAGUGCAUAUAGCUAAAUUACAUUUUAUUUAAUUUAUUAAGAAUACCAGUACGUUUCCUGCAUUGAGUUUGAGAAUGAUGUGCAAAACAUGGAAGUUUUGCAUGUCUAAAGAAUAAAAUGAAUAAACUAGUCAAUCAACUCAUCUUUUUACAAAGAAACUUAAAGGGUUAGUUCACCCAAAAAUGAAAAUUCUGUCAUUAAUUACUCAACCUCACGUCGUUCCAAACCCGCAACACCGUGUCUACACCAGACGUGAUGUUUUUCGCAUUGCAUCGCACCGCAACAGCUAAAAGCUGUCUACAUUGAACGCGACAGACCGACUGUUACAAAGCACUUGGACUACGUCAAAAAUUGAACGGGGAAUCCGUUUACUAUCAGGAAUUUGUCGCGCUGCACGCAUGCGUCAUUCUGUUCUUGUGAACAGCGUCGGCCAAUACCGAGCCGGCGUUCUGACGUAGAAAGUUAACAGCGUUGGAGAAUGACACAGAAGAGAACAUAUUAUUAAAUAAAGUCAUUAUUUUUGUUUUGUUUUUGUGCAAAAAAAGUAUUCUCGUCGCUUCAUAAAAUUUAGGUUGAACCACUGUAGUCACAUGAACUGUUUUAACGAUGUCUUUACUACCUUUUUGGACCUUAAAAGUGGUGGUUAAAUUGCUGUCUAUGGAUGAGAAAAAUAUCUUAAUUUGUGUUUUGAAGAUGAAUGAAGGUGUUACGGAUGUGGAACGACAUGAGGGUUAGUAAUUAAUGACAGAAGUUUACAAUUCAGAUUUUUUUCCCCUCGAAAUUCUGAGUUUAGCCUAUAUCUAAAUUUUUUUUUUUUAAAUUGUGAAAAAAGUGCAAGAAAACAUCAGAAUUGUGAGAUAAAUGUUGCAAUUAACUUUUUAAUUUUUUUCCAUGAUGGAAACAAGAUUCCGUUGAUUUGGCAUCAUUAUAUAGAAUAUUAAUCAAAAUCCUGAGAUAUAAACUCUCAUGUCAGAAUUGUGAGAUAAGUAUAGUUUUUUUAGCUUCUGUAGUCUUGCCAUCGAUGUAGGCUAGACAGUUUAUACGGAUAACUAAAACUGGCGUUACUUUUGUGUAUCUUUAUCGCAUCACAGACUCGCUCUUUCUCAUUUCAUACAAACACAGCUGGUGCCAUCUUGCAUUUCAGUUAUCGAUUGUAUUGAAAAUAACCUCAGAGGACUUCAGUUUUACUGAUUAGUUGUUGCAGUGUUUGUCUUAUUGCUGCACAGCAAAAUCCCCAGAGUUAAAUCAACUCUGCUCAGAUUACAUAUGGUUUCUCUCUACAUAGUGUUAAAGUAACACUGAAGCAGAGUUAAAGUUAAUGAGAUAAAUAAGUGAUUAAUUAAGUUAUGAUUGAGCAUUAGUGAUGAACACCUGCUGUUAACAAGCAGAAUCUCUGAAGAGAAAUACAAUAACUACAAAUGACUUCCAGCCACAGCCUUAGAUGAAAUCAACUGAAGAUAAAAGACAUUAAAUCUCUGAUUAAACAACUCCACAAACAGCAUAUUAUCUCAUUAACUUUAACUCUGCUUCAGUGUUAUUUUAACUCUAUGUAGAGAGGGACCAUAUGUUCUCUGAGCAGAGCUGAUUUAACUCUGAGGAUUCUGCUGUGUAGACCGGUUGUUUUUUACGUUGUAGUGGAGGAUUAGAUAAGAUUGUAAAAUCAUUUCAGAAUCAAAUUAAUAUUCAGUCAGCUGGACAACAAAUAACAAAACCCCAACGCCCUGACUGUACAUUAUUAAGCAUACAUAGACGUUCAGUAUGUCACCUGAGGGAUUUUAAAUGAACUUUACGUUCCUCGUUUAUGAUUCUGGAUGAUCUGACAACUGAUUAAUUCAUUGUCAAUUCAAGAGCGAUUUCUUUAUUUACUCGGUUGUGCCUGUAAUCCCACUACCAUAUUUUCACCAUUCCAUCUGAAAAAUGCCUCAAAAAUUUCAACCAUAAUCACCCUAUUAAACCAACAUACCAAUCACACGAAGCCAGGUAAUACUACUGCAACCAAAGGAGUGAUGUCAUGUCCUCUUUUAUUGCUUUUUAUGUAAGAUAAGGUAUAUACGAAUGAAUAAAUAAUAACAAAGCCAAAUGUACUUAGUUGGAUGUAGUUGUUUAUCAUUUGUGUUUACAGACUAAUUUCAAAUGGAUUUUUUGUACGAUUCUACUGCCAUCUUUCACUACAAAACUGUCUGUUGGCAUGAUGCUGUAACCGGUCCUUUCUUCUACCUCUCUCCUUCUUUCUGUGAACUUGUCUACUUGUCUUUCUCUCCUCUCUCUUUCCCUUUGUAUGUUAUCUGUCUAUUACUCAAACCCUGUGUUGUCUGGUGGAAGAAUCAUAUUCAGAAAAAGUAAUACUUUGGAUAAGAAACAGUGUCAUGAUAAAAUUUGUUUAACACUGAAAUACAUGGAUUCAACAUGUUCAACAAGCUAUACAGACACAAAUCUAUUCAUGUGGGACUGACUGAGCUAUAAAAGGUGUGAUAUAAGAAGUGCUCUGUGACACGUAUAUCUAUGCAUGCUUUACUGAAGGUUAUAAGAUGGUUCUUCCAAUGUGCUCUUCCUCCAUCGAACUCUCUCUCUUACCCAUCUCUUUUUCCUGCACGAACAAAACACCUACCUGACCUUCAAGAAUAUUGCUAUUUGUUUAUUUUUCCCAAAAAAUAAUGAAGAAACAAAUAAAUGAAGCAAACAAAG